GUCUAUUCCAUGCUAGUAUUAUUUUAUUUCUUUUAAAGACAACAUGAUCAAUGUUUUGUUAUUAUUUGGACUUUUUAGUGCAAUUAAAUGUAAAGUUACAGUGAUAGACGAUGAUCCUGUAAAAAUGAAAAACUUUUCAAUUUCUGAAUACAUAACCUCUUGCGGUUACCCCUUCGAGCUGCACCAGAACAUCCAAACAGAAGACGGAUACCUUCUGGAUGUCCAAAGGAUCCCGCACGGAAAAACAAACGAAAACGAUACCGACAAACCUGUGGUUUUGCUCAUGCACGGCCUGCUGGGAUCCGCUGAAAACUUUGUCCUGCUGGAUUGCGAAUCAAGUCUGGCUUUCUAUCUGGCCGAGCAAGGCUACGACGUUUGGAUGGGAAACGCCAGAGGAACUGCGCACUCCAGAAAACACUUGUCUAUGGAUCCCGAUGUGGAUACAGAGUAUUGGGAGUUUAGUUGGCAUGAAAUUGGUAUCUACGAUAUACCAGCCACCAUAGACUACAUCAGGAAAACUACAAAUAAAGAGAAGAUUUUUUAUGUCGGUCAUUCCCAAGGGUGUACUGUGUUUUUGGUCAUGACCUCAGAGAAGCCUGAAUACAACAACUAUAUACAAUCAAUGGUAGCUAUGGCCCCAGCUGCUUAUAUAACGGCCCCUAGUGGUGGUUUGCUUUCUCCUGCUUUUAUUCCACAAUUGAUUAAGAUUCUUAUUGAUGCAGUAGGCAUGGAAGAACUAAAGCCAUCUAAAGAGCAUGCAUUAUGCCUUGAACUGGGUAAACUGGAAAAUUAUUGUUCUGGUGUGAUGCAAAUGUUGAACAUUGAUCCAGACACUCUUGAACCAGAUGUUCUAGGACGUGUGUCAAACGCAUUUCCCGCCGGAGCAGCAGUACGGCAAGUCAUACAUUAUACUCAGGAAAUGAUUUCAGGCAAAUUCUGUCAAUAUGAUCAUGAAAAAAACGAAAACCUAAUCAAGUAUGGCUCCGAAAAACCACCUUCAUAUAACAUCAGUAAAAUUGUUUCACCAGUGGCUGUUUUUUAUUCUAUGAACGACACAUUUACACCUAUGGAGGGUGUCAAAAAACUCAUCGGGGAACUACCGAAUCUGUCUCAAGACUACCAAAUUCCAACAGACGGUUUUUCUCAUUUGGAUUUUGUUGUAGAUAGAAACGUUGUCGAACUUGUCUAUUCAAAAAUUGUUGAAGAAUUUAAAAAAUAUAUGUGAAAAUGUAUAUGAAAUGUUUAAUAAAACAUUUCCAUAUUUUAUAGUUAUAAAUAAAGAAAAUAUUUUAAUAAAA